CUUCAGACAGUCGGACUCUUUAACUCUUUUAUAAAACAGCUUUUCAAAAACUUUUAAAACUGUUUUAAAGGGAAAAGCAGGAAUCUGUUAAAGAAACAUCUUUUUAUUUUGUAUAAACAAAAAAUCUUUAAAUAUCAGUCAAUAGUUAUUAGUUAUUGAUUAUUGCCACGACUGCCGACACAAGCAAGAAAACAAAUUAAAUACCGGAGACUCUGGAGGAAUAACGGGCGACAUGAUGAUCCUUUUAUUAAACGACCAGAAUAAUCACUAAGAUCCAGGAGUUAAAGAAGUUAAAUAAAGACACUUUUUUCUUUUGUUUUUAAACGUUUAAAACAAAAAACUUCACCAACAGCGGCUUCCUGCUCUUUUACUGUGAAAGGACAAACUAUUCAGCUUCCUGUCUGACAACAUGUCCUCAUUUACUGACAAAUUUCAGUAAACAGGGUGACAUCACACACACACACACACACACACACACACACACACACACACACACACACACACACACACACACACACACACACACACACACACACACACACACACACACACACACACACACACACACACACACACACACUCACAGGUCAAAGUCGAUCUUUUUUGGGGCAUUGACCCCGUCCCGGUGUUUGGACAGUCAGACUGUCUCUCUUCAUCGUGAAGACGAAAAGGAAGAUCAGAGCAGCUGUUAGAGGAGGACAAGGACAUCGCCAUGACGACUGAGUACCAUGACGAACCCGAAGACGACAGCAGCUCCUUCUGGAACAAAGGUACCGGUCUGUCCUGAACCUGUCCGUCCUCUAUCUGUCCUUGAGUCCAGACUGAACCCUGUUUUUUUAAGUCCUCCUGUCUCUCUACCUGUCUGUCCUAAACCGGUCUGUCCUGUCUCUCUCUACCUGUCUGUCUCUCAGAGCGCCCCCCUGUCUACCUCUCAGGUGUCUCCAGGUACAGGACCUGGUUGUUUCCUGGUCUGACAGCGACCAUCAUCCUGAUCCUGAUCAUCGCGCUGGGAGCGAGCAGUGAGACACACACACACACACACACACACACACACAGACACACACACAGAACACACACACACACACACACAGGAACACACACACACACACACAGACAUCUGUUGGAUGUUCGGAACCGACAGCUCGAGUUCGAGCGUGUGAUGACGUUUCACAGCCAAUCAGAGGCGAAGGAGGCGGGACCUUCCCCUACUAUCCCACAAAAAUAAUAUUGCAGCCAGCAGUAUGACAUCACACCCUUUCCACCAAUCAGAACAUGCAUCCCCAAAAUGAGAGAGCGCCCCCAGGUGGUCAAGAACCAAAAGACUGACUGCUGAACAGAACCGGAUCAACUCUAAACAGAACCACUUUCUACCUCUGACAUACUGACCCAGAACUUCUGGACUUGGUUCCUGUCCACAUUCAGACUCUCCUGCUGCAGGUCUAAACCUCUGUCCCUCUGUCUCUCUGUCCUCCUGUCCCUCUUUAGGCUCCAGGACCAGCAGCAGACUCUGGUCUGUAGAGACCACGGUCUCUAACCUGACUGUGACCCUGGAUGCGGGACAUCAGCUGAUCAAAGGUAACUCACCUAUCCACCUGUGUCCCUGUCCACCUGUCCAUUCAGAGGACAGACCCCUCAUCCUCUCUGUCCCUCUCUCUCUGUCCCAGAAACAGCCAAAGACACUCACCGUAUGAAAUUUGCUGUGGAAGGAAACAGGGACCAGCUGACCUCAGGUGAGUCUACCUGUCCCUGAUCAGAACCUGCAGUUCCUCCAGUGUCCACCAGGGUCUGUGUCCUAAAGUGAGUCCGUCUCCAUAGAGACCCAUGUUAACAGACUGGACCAGAACCAGUCUGGGUCUCAGUGAGCAGACAAAGUGACAUCAGGGAUUAAGGAUUAAACUCAGAUUAAGGAUUAAACUCAGAUUAGGAUUAAAAUCAGAUUAGGAUUAAACUCAGAUUAAGGAUUAAACUCAGAUUAGGAUUAAAAUCAGAUUAGGAUUAAACUCAGAUUAAGGAUUUAACUCAGAUUAAGGAUUAAAAUCAGAUUAGGAUUAAAAUCAGAUUAGAAUUAAACUCAGAUUAAGGAUUUAACUCAGAUUAAGGAUUAAACUCAGAUUAAGGAUUAAACUCAGAUUAGGAUUAAAAUCAGAUUAGGAAUAAAAUCAGAUUAAGGAUUAAACUCAGAUUAGGAUUAAACUCAGAUUAUUAAACUCAGGGAUUAAACUCAGAUUAGGAUUAAACUCAGAUUAGGAUUAAACUCAUAUUAGGAUUAAACUCCCCUGUUUACAUCAUCAUCAGGUUUUACGAACAGGGUUAAUUAUGUCGGAGUCACAUGUUCGCUACUUUAUGACAUCCUGUGUGUGUGUGUGUGUGUAUCUGUAUCUGUGUGUGUGUGUGUGUGUAUCUGUGUGUGUGUGUGGUCAUGCGGUCAUCAGUGUCGGAGGCGUUGAAGCAGCUCUCAGCUCUGGACUCCCUCUCGAAGACCGUCACGUCCCUCAAAUGUUCGCUUGAACGCCUCCUCAACAACGGUACGAACUGUCCUCACUGUGGGACAGGAGACACACACAGUACCUCACCUGUCCCUGCUCACCUGUCUCUGUCUUUCCUCACGUGUCUCCUUACCUGUGUCCAGGUUCGUUGUCGGCUGGCUGCUGUCCUCUGAACUGGGACACGUACCAGUCCAGCUGUUAUUUCUUCAGUAGGACGACGUUGUCCUGGCACGAGGCCAGAGACUGGUGUGAGGGACACGAGUCUCACCUGGUCAUCCUGCUGUCGGACGAGGAGUGGGUGAGAAGACACUCUCUGGUUUUUGUCCCAGACCGUCUUUUUAGACGUCCUCAUUGUGAGUCUCACUCUCACCUGUGUCUCAGGACUUUGUGACCCAGCACAGCAGGGGGUCCUUCUACUGGGUGGGUCUGACGGACGAGAGGGACGACCGGUGGGAGUGGGUCAACCAGACGCCGUACAUCAUGAACCGAAGGUGGGCUGAUUGGAUUAAAUUGAUUAACAUGAUUGGACGAUCAGAGAAUUAGAUCGUCCUGACAGGAAGUACGACACACGACCAUAUAAGGGGGUUUCCUCUUCCUCUUCCUCUGAGUCGACCCUGAACUCAAACCCUGUCCUCAGGAGUCCAGGUCCCUCAAACACUGAAGGACCAGGACUCCAGACUCUCAGCAGGUCUGGGUUUUUAAUCUCAGGUGGUCUUCUGUUCUUUCAGACGCUGGAUGCCCGGUCAGCCGGACGCUUGGACCCACCAUGGAAUGGGCGCCGGAGACGAGGACUGCGCCCACCUCCACCACGACGGACGUCUCAACGACAUCCACUGUACGUCCAAACUGCGCUUCAUCUGCCAGAGACACACCAUGAGGAGCUGAGCGGUCCAGAGUCCGCCAGAGACACUGAACCACCGAACGUCAGGCCGGUCUGUGUGGACCAGGUCCACAGUGAGACCAGAACCUGUCUGAUUCUCCUGAGAGAGAACGAGAAAUGUAAUCCUGAUCAUGAUCCACCAUGACCCCAUUAAACCGUGUCCACCGACUCUUUGACGCCUGAGGGUCCUUUCUUUAGGUCUUUGUUUUAUCCAGGAUUUCCACCGCAUCCAGAACGGCUCUGAUCCCAAACGGCGGCGAUUUUUACCGUACGCCAAUUCCUACCGGAUCCGUUUGUGAGGCGAAUUUCCUGUCAGGUUACAAACAGCAGUAAUCA